AUGGGAAAUCAAGCAGGGGGUUCAGGCGCAAAUGCUCAAGCUAUUGGCGAGCAAAGGCCAUGGACGAACAAGUCAGGAGGAAACCGAAAGGUUGGACCGACCAGUAAUCAAAAAGCCACAGGUAGAGUUUUUACUCUCCAAGAGGAAGAUAAUGAAGAUCCAUCAGUAAUUAGAGGUAACAUUGUACUUUAUAAUUCUUGGGUUCACGUUCUAUUCGAUUCUGGCGCAUCACAUUCUUUUAUAUCAACAUCAUGUGUUAAAUCAUUAGGUCUUAAAUGUGAACCUUUAGAAACUACUUUACGUGUUACAUCACCCUUGGGAGGAAGUACUAGGAUAGGAUUAAUCUGUCGAGGGUGUGAAUUAGAAGUGUCAGGGUUACACUUGAGUUGUGACCUUCGGGUCAUGAACAUGUCCGAUUUUGGCAUAAUCUUGGGAAUGGAUUGGUUAUCCGCCCAUCAAGUAGUGAUUGAUUGCUACCACAAGAGGGUGACGGUUUGCACACCUAGUGGAACGUGUUUCCAAUUUAAGGGAGAAAGAGAGGAUUCCCUGAGCAUGACAAAUCGUAAAAUGCAGUGGCAUCGACAAUUUACUGGAUGGUUAGCAAGUUUGAUCAUUAAUGAAGAAACCCAAUCGGAAUCAAAUCUUCCGCGUGUAGUUUGUGAAUACGUUGACGUUUUUCCUGAGGAAUUGCCAGGAUUACCGCCACAUUGUGAAGUAGAUUUUAGUAUUGAGUUACAAGCGGGUACUGCACCAAUAUCCCUGACGCCCCACCGUAUGGCUCUUGCUGAACUUCAGGAAUUAAAGACGCAACUGCAAGACUUACUGGAAAAGGGAUUUAUCCGACCAAGUACCUCACCGUGGGGCACACCAGUUCUAUUUACAAAGAAAAAUGACGGAACACUAAGACUGUGCAUAGAUUAUCGGCAACUCAACCGGGUGACGGUCAAGAACCGAUAUCCACUUCCACGGACUGAUGACCUUUUUGACCAGCUUCAAGGUUCAAUGUGUUGUUCAAAGAUGGAUCUUAGGUCUGGCUAUCAUCAAUUGCGGGUCGCUAAUGAUGACAUACCAAAGACUGCUUUCUGA